AUGUCCUCCACAACCCCCCAACCCGACUCAACAACAACCAAACCAAAAUACAACCUCCGCAACCCCCUCCCCCUCUCCGCCGCCCAAGAAGCAGAAGUGAAGCAACUCUACUACAAGCGCGUGCGAUCUCUCUGUGCGCCUGAAAUCAAGGCAUUCGCCGAAUGCGCCGUCAACCGCACAAUAACAGCAACAUGGGUAUGUCGGGACCAACGACUAGCGAUGAACUCGUGCAUGGUAGCGCAUGCGAAGCCGGAGGUAGAAGACCGGGCGAGAGAGGAGUGGUUUGCAACGCAUGAGGAGCGGAGGAAGGCGAAGGAGGAGGAGCUUGCGAAGGUGGAGAGACGGAGGGAGGAGGUCAUUCGCAUGAUGAGGGAGGAUCAGGAGAGGCAGGCUGCUGCGAAAGCUGCUGCUGAGAAGAAGUAG